CGUAAGGUCAGUAUGAUGAAUUAUGCAAUCAACCAUACACGUAUUUUGACAGUUAAUGUUUUUAAUUUCGAUUUAAAUAUAAUCUGUGGUAUUGUUAUGUGAAAAGUGAAUUAAAAAGUUACGUGUUUUUUUUCAUUUGGGUUUCAAGAUGUUGUGGCAGAUCGCUAUUGCCUGCCUUCUCAUAUAUCUCAUAAGGAAUUAUUGGUUAAAGUCCAAUUUCUUGGAGAUCGCGAAGCUCCCCGGACCUCCGAGAUUGCCGCUAGUGGGAUGUGCUUUUCGUUUCAUUGGACAUUCGCAAAGUGAACUAUUCAAAAUAGUAACGGAUUUUCCCAAGGAAUAUGGCAAUCGAGUUUGUAUAAAAGUAUUUAAUCGUUAUAUUUUACAUUUAUACAACCCGAAGGAUAUAGAGAUAAUAUUGACUAGCACGAAGAAUAUAACUAAAAACAGGCCCUACGUAUUCAUGGAACCAUGGCUUGGAACAGGUCUUCUCUUAAGCACAGGUGCAAAAUGGCACAAGCGGCGUAAGAUCCUCACACCCGCGUUCCACUUCGACAUUCUGAAGAACUUCGCGCGCGUGUUCGAGGAAGAAGGCCGCGCGAUGGUUCGUGACCUGCACGAGCGGCUGCAGCGCGGCGAACGGACACUGAACGUCAUGCCCUUUAUCAGCGACUACACGCUCUAUACUAUCUGUGAAACGGCAAUGGGCACUCGUUUAAAUUCAGAAAACAAUGCCUCCAAAGCCCAGUAUAAAGAGUCAGUUCUAGGUAUAGGGCUUAUAGUUAUGAACCGGCUAUCGAGGUUCUGGCUUCACUCUGACCUCAUUUUCUACCUAUCCUCAAUGGGAAAGAAGUUCAAAAAACUUUUAGAACAGAACUUUGCAUUCACGGAUAGAGUAAUAGAAGAAAGGAGGAAGAAUUGGGCGGAGACUAAGAAAGAAGAAACCAGCAGCGGGAAGAGAAGAAUGGCUUUGCUGGACCUCUUGUUGGACGCGGAGAGUAAAGGAGAAAUAGACAUGGAAGGGAUAAGAGAAGAAGUAAAUACGUUUAUGUUUGAGGGUCACGAUACAACCGCUAUGGCAUUGACAUUUGGACUUAUGUUGUUGGCUGAUCACGAAGAUAUUCAGGAAAAUAUUUACGAAGAAUGCAAGAGUAUCUUCGGAGAUUCAACACGGACCGCCAACACAUCCGAUCUUGCCGAGAUGAAGUACCUGGAAGCUGUAAUUAAAGAGAUAUUGAGGCUGUAUCCCAGUGUACCAAUAAUUGGAAGGAUGGUCACUGAAGAAUUUAAACUAGACGACAUAACAAUCCCCGAGGGUACCGAGGUGGUAGUCCACUUCUACAAUCUCCAGAGACGCGAGGAUUUGUUCCCGGAGCCUGAACUCUUCAAGCCGGAGCGUUUCCUGAAUGGUGAUAAAAUGCAUUUCACUUAUGUGCCCUUUAGUGCUGGACCUAGGAACUGUAUUGGUCAACGCUUCGCAAUGCAAGAAAUGAAAUACAUGCUGAGCGAAAUAAUCCGCCAUUUUAAAUUGAAGUCGAUAGUAAAGGGAUACAGACCAAAAAUCACAAUGGACCUUGUACUACGUGCUUGUGAACCUGUUAAUAUUGAGUUUUCUGCACGAUAAACUGUAUUUUUGAAUAUACCUUAGUAUUAAGUACUAAUUCGAACAAAAACAUACAAAUAUUCGAAUUAUUUCAGAUUUUUUGUAGAGUGAGAUUUAACUAUGUCUACUUAAAAAUGAAGUCCCUUGUCCCCAUGUGGGGUAUGGGGCAGAUGUAUUAUGCAUUUAAUAUCUGUUUUACUGAUCCAUUAUUCUUUAUGGACAAGUAGGUGAUCAUUCUGCCAGACCGAGACAUUUUUUCUUCGUCUCCAUUGGGAAUCGAACCCAAGACCCCUCAGUUCUACCACUGUAGGUACCAAGUUCCACUGUACCUACUGUCCUACGUACUUAGGUAUAAGUAUAUAAAUUAAUUUUUAAUCAAAAUAUGAGUGAAUCGUGAUUCUUGGAACUCAGACACUUGUCUGCAUAUAUACAAAUGGGUUCGUUGUUUUUAAUUUGAUAUAAAUUCAUAGAAUUUUCAAAAUUUUCAUUUUGUUUGAAAGUAAUGCUAUUUUGUUUAAUAAAGAAUUUAACUUCAUAUAAUUUAUGUUUCAUCUAGAUUAGGAUUUUUUAAUAUUAUCUACGUACAUUGAACGUCGGUUCAUUAUAAAAUGUGAUCUAUUUUUUAUAUUUAUAUUCGACCAAAAAUAUUUGUAUAUAAAUUGUUUUAUAGGUAAGUGAGAACAUGUAUAUACAUAUACGUGUUUUAUAUAGUUACGAAUUACGAUCUAUAUGAAUUAAAUGAGUAUUUCCUUA